AUGUUCCAGAAGGAGCACCAGAGGCGCCCUGUAGGGGGCAGUGUGAGGAGAGCGACCCCCGGAGAGAGCCAGCUGAAUCUCAGACCUCCCCGGGGCCAGUCAGAUGCCAGGACUCAUGGACACACCGAAGCACGGGCCGCCGAGGAAGUGAGUGUGGUUGUGGGGACCAGGCGCCCUCUGGAGAUGGUGGUCCUCCUGGUCUUGCUCACCGCCACAGGCUUACCGCUGACCGUCGAAGCUCUCAACUGUCAUGUCUGUGAGCAAGAGAACAGCCUUAACUGCACGAAUCCACAGACAUGUUCUGAUGAGCAAAAGUUCUGUGUGAUGGUUGCCGUUCGAUUGUUGGAACGUUUCUACAUUUCAUCAAAACAGUGCACCAAAACCUGUCUAGUCCCUCCAUAUUUCCCUCCUGUCCCUGAGGAACGUUCUGAUGCUGGACCGCCCCAGCCUAAGAACUUUGUGGUCCAAAAACCCUUGCCCUUCUUAUAUUCAAAGUGCUGUAAAUGGGACUUGUGUAAUCAGCAUGGGCCAAACCUCUUAUAUUACAAGGAGCAGCCUGGAAAAGCCAGUGAGAGAAGACACAGACACACUGAGCUGUUCCUGCCUGGCUUCAUGGUCCUUAUUGCUGCUGUGCUCACAGCCCUCAGCCUGCAGUAAGUAAGCUACAGAUGGACCUGGAGCAUGCCUUGUGGGGCAUGAAUUCCCCGGACCCUGCUGGACCCUUCUAAUUAAAUUCGUUUUCCUUUGUUCACCUCUUGGCUUGAUUCCUGUGGACUCUGGAUGGGCAGGUGGGAAGCCAGGUUCCAUAGCUGCCAGUCCCAACAGCUCUUCAACUUCCAGAAGAGCUAGUCGCAGGCCUGGCCACAGUUCUGCUGGCCAGUGCCUCUGAAAUUAAGUCUUGUCCCUCCCUUUUCUGUUCCACUGCCUCUGAGUUGAUGGGGAGGAAGCCCACAUCUCCUCCACAAACACAACGUGAUCCCCCAGGAUCAAAGGGGAAGAUGGAGGUAAAUAUCCUGAAGGAAAAACUCUGCACCAUCUAGCCCACUAUCUGACAUGUGUGCAUCCGUUUGUAAAUUUCCACCCAUGGAUUUUUCUGGCAUUAGGUUGGACCAGAUAGAUGACAGCAGGUAUAUAUCCUCCAUGUUUCUAGUGAGCUGCAGUCAUCCAUAGGAGUUGACCUCUACCAAACAAGGACUUCCUGCCAAGGAUUUUACCUACUGUCAGAGCAGGGUGUACUUAUAUACACUCCAUCUUCUUUCUGGUCUUAGGUAGCUGGGCAGAGAAGGCCUGGAGAACCUUCUAGAAAACCUCUGUACUAUUUCUGAGGCAUCUCUGUCAUAGGAGUCAAAGUCUAUUUGGAGGACAGGAAUCAGGAAGGACCCUUGAGGGAUGGACAGUAUCUUCAGGACUGGACCUCUAACUCCUCUGUCUCUCAAAGGCUAUGAGUUCACACCCCGCCUUUGACCCACCCAGUAACGACAGCCAGGCCAUUCCUAUACCCCUGGGGUAAAGUUUAGGUAUACUACUUUUAUUAGGGCAAACAAAAGUUGAGAACCCUGAAGAAACAGGUUGGGGGAGGGAGUGGUGAACAUAUAAGAGAAUUAAUAUGAUAUCCUGAUAAGGGUUUUGUUUGUUUAGUUGGUUGGAUUUUUUUUUGUCUAUGUGUCAACUUGGAAGAGAAGCAUCAAUUGAGAAAAUGCCUCCAUCGGAUUGGCCAGUGGGCAAGUGUAUGGAGACAUUUUCUUGAUUAAUGACUGGUGGGUGUGGGAGAGCCCAUCCCACUGUGGGUGGUGCCACCCAUAGGGUCCUGGCUUGUAUCAGCAAACUGGGCAGUCCAUAGGAGGCAAGCUAGGAAGCAGACAUCCGUAACGGCUUCUACUUGAGUUCCUUCCUCUAGGUUCUUGCCUUCCCUACAUGAUGGACAACUUCAAACAGAACUUAACCUUUUCCUCCCCAAGGUGCUUUUGGUAGUGGCAUUUCAUCACAGCAACAGAAAGCAGACUAGGUCGCACGGCGAAGCGCUGCUGGAGGUUGUUUAAAUGGGUGCAGUCUUCA